AUGCUGAGUAGUUUUGCUGCCUCCCUAACCCAGUCGGUCAGACCAGUGACUAUUAAGGUUUCCCUCAGUGCUAUCAAGAACCUGCACCUGGAGCUCGGUUAUGUCGACCCGACCGAGGGCGCGCACUUCCUCAAGCGAGUGGUACGCGGUAUUUGCCGUUGCCAUGGAGUAGCCGCUGUCCGCCCCAGGCUGCCAAUCACGUUUCCUAUUCUCUGCAGUCUGGUUGACACCUGCCUAGCUGCUCCAACCAUGUGCCCUCACGACAAGCGCUGCCUGCAUGCCGCUAUGCUUGCCGUGUUCUUUGGUUUCUUCAGAUGCGGUGAACUGCUAGAAGCACCUACCACGCGCGGCUGUGUGACAUUCGAGUCAGGGAUGCUCCAUGCGCAUCUACCACGCUCGAAGACAGACCCGUCCGGGGAAGGUACGACGGUGCUGAUUGGGCCAGCGGUGCCGCCAUACUGCGCUGUGAGAGCCAUGCUCACCUACCUCACUGCAACCGCCUCUGCUCGUCCAGGCAGUGCUGUGUUCAUCCUGGCCAACGGGCAACGCCUCAACCGCAGCACUUUUACAGCCCACGUACGUACGCUGCUUAGCACCAGCGGCGUGGCAAACUGGCAGGACUAUGCAGGCCACAGCUUCCGUAUCGGGGCCGCUACCACUGCUGCCCUUGCUGGCGUCCCCGACCACCAGAUCCGCUCCGCAGGGCGGUGGCGCAGUGAUGCAUGCCUACGCUACAUCCGGACACCACCGUCAUCGGCCCGAACGCUGGCCAGCAAACUAUCCUCAGUAAGAUCAUCUCCCUGA